AGAAGGGGGUUCUGAAAAAGCUCGCGAGAAGACUAAAGAAGAGAGAGUAACUAUCGCUGUCCUUUAAGAGGGCUCUGCGGCGUGAAAGAGGAUGCAAAGCGAUGAGACAACUCGCUAUCCGGGGGGCCGGGGGCGAGAUUUAGGGAACCGGGGUGGCACCAGGCUUCCGUCUGAUGGUCGUGUACGUUUGCUCCCGUUACUGCCUCGAGUGCAUCGCGAGGAAGUGAUCUCGAAGAGGUGGGAUGGUGGCGAAGAUUCACCCACGCGGGAGGGCUGAGCGCCCCGGAUCAGCUCUUUCUGACUGGGUGGGGCGGAGAGCCAGAGGCCGUCUCGAGUGGCCCCCGACACACGUCACUCGCCUUCUCCAGGGCUGCUUAUAAGAGUCUCCACCAGAGCCUCAGGAUCACUUUUUACUUCCUCUUCUCUCCUCAGCAGCUUCGCGCGCUCAGCGGGGAACCUCACCCUGGUCAGUCCCGGAACCGAGGCAGGGGGUGGCGCCUGCCCGGGCAGUGAAGUGGUCGCCGCAGAUUUGCUUGCGUCCGUUCCCCUUCUUCCUACCAGCUCGCCGUGGCCGCAAACUUUUACAUCUGACCUCUAGACGGGUGCUAUCUGGCCUCUGGACUCUAGAGGCGAGGGAAAGCGAAAGCGCUCAGCUGCCGAAAGGCGCCGCCCCGGGACUGCCUAAGUUUCGAUUCUCGCGCGCCAUGGCGGACCCGACGGUCUGCUGCUUCAUCACCAAGAUCCUGUGCGCCCACGGCGGCCGCCUCAGCCUGGACGCGCUGCUUGAAAAGAUCGAGCUCUCCGAGGCGCAGCUCCUGGACGUGCUCAAGGAAGCCGGGCCCGACCGCUUCGUGGUGCUGGAGACCGGGGGCAGGGCCGGCGUCACCCGCUCGGUGGUGGCCACCACUCGAGCCCGCGUCUGCCGUCGCAAGGUCUGCGAGAAAAGUUCUUGCGACAACCUGCACCUCUGCAAGCUCAACCUGCUGGGCCGGUGCCACUAUUCGCAGUCGGAGCGGAAUUUAUGCAAAUAUUCUCAUGAGGUUCUCUCAGAAAAAAAUUUCCAAGUCCUGAAAAAUCAUGAACUCUCUGGACUAAACCAAGAGCAACUAGCUGUACUGCUCCUCCAAAGUGACCCAUUUUUUAUGCCUGAGAUAUGCAAAAGUUACAAAGGAGAGGGUCGAAAACAGAUCUGUAACCAGCAGCCGCCAUGUGAAAGACUCCACAUCUGCGAACACUUCACUCGGGGGAACUGUAGUUACCCCAACUGCCUCAGAUCCCACAACCUGAUGGACAGAAAGGUGCUGGCCAUCAUGAGAGAUCACGGGCUGAGCUCAGCCGUGGUCCAGAACAUCCAGGACAUCUGCAACAACAAGCACAUGCGGAGGAACCCUCCCGGGUCCAAAACUCCUGUGCACCGUAGAGCUAGGGCAGCUAGAGGGAGAAGCAAGAGUAGAGACCGAGUCUCUCAGGACAUCAAGGAGUUCCUUCCUUCCGCCUUGGCCCACAAGUCGGGCUCUCCCAGUCCAGACGGCAGUGGCGGCAGAGCCUCCUUGGAGGAUGAGCCUUUUGGUGACCUCAUCCACAAGUUUGAGUUUCUGGAGAGUCAGGAUCGCACGCAGCCUUCCUCAGUCUCAUCUAAGGCCACUGGUCUUGGAGGACCAGGUCAAGUGGGAACGAGCCAGAGAUUCUUAGAGAAUGGCCCUCCAGAUGGCCUCUUUCCUAGCAAUCAGAGUCAUCUUGCCUCUUUUUCAACACCAGUCUCUAACCAGAAGGGCACUCCAUCCUGGCUGAACGCUCAAGGCACUGGGAAGGAGAGUAAGUUUUUUCCGAGUCAAGCUGUCCCUAGUUUUCCUCUUGAUUCUAUACAAACACCAAAAGCCUUAACCUCCAGAAAGGCGGUGGGAAUGCUUUCAUCAGACCACGGCAGUGCCAAGGACAAGACUCAAGACAUCCAGCGAAUCCCUAUUUUCAACAGGAAUACUGAUGGAUUGGCCAUGAACAUGAAUUUUGGAAAGACAGCCCAGAGAGAACUAGCACUACCAAGUUAUCAGGAGAGCAGAACCACUCCCCGGGACCUCCAGAUUGGCAACAUUACUAGUGAUGAUGCCAGAGUGGCAUUUCUGAAUGAUUCCACAUCUGAUAUUGCAAGUACCACAUCUAGGAUGGGUAAUCUUGGCCUAGAGGAAAUUUGUAUCGAUUAUCUGAGUAACUGUUGUCAACCUAACAGCAACUGCAGCAAAAUCCACUUCCCGCUGCCCUACCGGUGGCAGCUGUUGACGUUGCACACCUGGAAGGACUUCAAGGACAUGGAGAAGAUUGAGGAGGCCUACUGUAACCCCAGGAACCACGUCCUUUCCAUGGAAAAUCAUACACUCGAUUUCCAGAAAAUGACUUAUGCUCUUCAGCCCAUUCGACGCAUCUCCUCCUCUUCGUCUUGCAAGAGCCAGGCCAGUUCUGUCUUCACCACCAGAUGGAUUUGGUAUUGGAAGAAUGAGUCCGGAGAAUGGGUUCAAUAUGGGAAAGGGAGCAACAACCAGCAGGGUUCCAAUGUCGACUCUUCCUACCUGGAGUCUUUCUUUCAGAAGUGUCCUAGGGGAGUUGUGCCAUUUCAAGCAGGUUCUCGGAACUACGAGCUGAGUUUCCAAGGGAUGAUUCAGACAAAUGUAGCUUCCAAGACUCAGAAGAAUGUUGUCCGAAGGCCAGCAUUUGUUUCUGCGCUGGAUGUGGAGCAGAUGAGAAAGGGGGCAGAUCCUCAGCGGGUGCAGUUCUCUGUUUCCAGUCCUCAGCCUGCGCACACCCUGCCAGAGGUUAUGGGCUCAUCAUUUGUUCCUCAGAGGAAUGUCAGCUCUUCCUCUUCCAAUGGAUACAAGUUGCUAGAUCUCGAUAACCAGUCUUUGGAAUAUGCCACAAUAAGGGAUAAUUUCAAAGAGUCCAUGAAAAAUUUCAAGAUCGAAAAGAUAAAGAAGAUCCAUAAUCCAGAGCUCUUGAAUUCUUUUGAAAGGAGGCGACUGUUGAUGACAGAGAAAAAGGAAAGACUCCUAUUUUAUGCAACAAGCCGCAUCCACGUGGAUUCUAUCUGUGCGAAUAAUUUUAUCUGGACCUUACAUGGAACUCAUGAAAACAAAUAUGGACAAGGCAAUCACUUCUCAAAGGAAGCCAUCUAUUCCCACAAAAAUUGCCUAUACGAUGCCAGAAACAUCGUUAUGUUCGUAGCUCGAGUCUUGGCGGGAGAUUUUAUUGAGGGAAACAUGAUAUAUUCAAGCCCUCCUCUGCCGUACAACAGCUGUGUGGAUACAAUGCUCAAUCCCUCUGUUUUUGUCAUCUUCCACAAUGAUCAGGUUUACCCAGCAUACUUGAUUGAAUAUACUGAGCCAGACAGAGAGAAGGCCUGUGUGAUUAGCUAGAGAGGAUGAAGGCGGCAGCAUCUGGGAUGCUGAUCAUCUGCUCACAGAGAGGACCAAAUUGCCCUAGAUAAUGGUCAGACUUUUCUAUUUUCUCUCUAAGUUACCUAGUGUCUUAAAUCAAUAAUUCUCAAACUUUGCUAUACAAAAAUUCCUAUGCUGCAGUUGUACACCUUCCCACCUAAAUCACUCUUUGGGGUGAAAGCCAGGCAGUAUUUUUUAAAAGCUCUCCUAAUGACUUCAUUGUGUUGGAAAGUUUGCACUGUCUUAGCUGUGACUGAUCCAGGCUGGUUUCUAAAUUUUGUGUACUUAUAUACGUAUGCCAACCAUUUUCUCUCAUUUACUCUUUGAGUUUACUGGGUAACAUGGUUUUGAUUGAGUUCAACUGGAAAAAAAAAAUCAGUUUGGAAAAUUUAAAAGUAAGCUAAUAAUGCCUGUUGAAAUGAGAACAAAAGAUGGUACAGCCUUGGGUGGGAGAUUGUGAAAAGCUGGGAAGAAAUGCAUAGGUAUACGCUAAGAAGAAAAGUAAAAAGGUUAACUGUAAAUGCUAUUGUAGACAUAAAUGCAGUGCUGUAUCUUAUCAUGUGAUGAAAUUUAUUGGGGAGCGAACUCAUCUCUAUUUCUACAUUUAUUGAUGAGACAGACUCCAAAGGGUUGUAUCUUUCUGGAUUGCAGUCAUAAAAGCCAUCAAGUAUGACUCAGAAAGGCCACCAACUGGAGUUAAUUGUGCCUUUGGUUUCUUUAUGUAAUUAUGGCAAAAUAGACAUUUAUAUUCUAAUUAAUCUAAUAACAGAGAAAGCUUCCCUCCCCCCAAGUCAGGGUUUCAGGAAAGUGUCUACAUUUUAGGAGAAAUGAGUUGUAGUAGCCAGAAUCACAUAAGCAUAAAUUCAAGUGCUGUUGUGGUUGUUUGCAUGGUAGAUGAGGCUCGCUAAAUGGCAGGCCUGUCUCUACAGGAGACAGGAGGGUGGGCCUCCUGUGGAGGAGAGAUUUGCUUUCUGGUGAGCACAGCAUUAGAACAAAGGGAACAAUGUCCUAAACAGGCUUCAUGCCUGCCAGGGGCUUAAUUGUGUAAAGACAGUGGACUUUGUGGAAUUGUCAUAGUUUUUAGAACUGCUCAAGUGCCUGAACCAGGAUUUCUUUCCUUGUUGUGAAUUUUUCCUUCCAGUUUCCUUUCGAAUUUUCCUUUUUCUACAUCCUAUACCAUUGCCAAAAUUCCUACUAGAGUUCCUUCUAACAGACAUGUAACAAAUAAUUAAUUGGCAUUAGAGUUGAUUUUAUAUUAGACUUUAGAUCAGUACAAAAAGCCUCACAGUUCUCCAUCAGUAAAUGUAGACUUUUUUAAAGAGUAUAAUUGUUUUCUGAGAGCUUGCCACAAAUGAUUCUUCUUAUUCAUUUUUUUUCUGCUUGUAGUUUCCAUUUUUUGACUUCGAUCCUUUCACUGUAGAGGUGUAAUAUAUGCAGCUGUUUCUGGCUGCCCAGGAGCAAGUGGAUAUUUCUCAGGCAUCUGUGCUCCAAAAUGGAAAUCUGUUUGCCUCCUUCAAAGGAAUCUGUGCUCGCCGCUGCCUGCCUCCAUUCUUCCCUAGAGUAAAUACAAUCACUGGAUCCACUCUGCUCAAGCAGAACCGUAGAGUCACCCUUACUCCUUGCCUUCCUCCUCAUGUACAUUUAAGUUGCUCCCAAAUCCAGUUUUACUUCUUUUUUUGGUACUGGGGAUUGAACUUGGGUCCUUGUGCUUGAGAGACAGGCACU